CAUACGCAGCACCGUCUACUUAGGAAUUCCACGAAAUAUCCAUCGUAUUAGUUGUUGAUUUCAUGUGAAAGGAAAAAUCUCGAGUGUGUCUCCAAGGUGAACCAUGGACCGUGGAACGCAGCAGCAGCAGCAGCAACGCAAUAAGCGACGCGAAUCGAAGCGUAAGCCAGGUCAGAAACCCAAGAAACCCGGUUCCCGGUCCGAUGAGUCUCUACAUCCGAGCUACACCAACCUGCAGCCACCAUACUCCGCCGUCUGUCGCCAACGAUAUCAUGCCAGCUUGGUGGAGUACGAGAAGCAAUUUAACCGCGAGUUGAAAAGCCUGGAACUGAUGCAGAAUUCGGCUUACGAUUCCAUGCGAUUCCAUCGACACUUUGCGAUUACGACGCUCUGGCCACCACUGCACACACGCAAGGAGAUCGAAUUUGUUUUGGAUAAAUUCUUCCGCCACUCGGAACGACAAACACGCCGCCUGCACGACAUCAUGAAGGCACCCGUAUACUGA